ACCUCCUCACCCACUUCUCUGCCUUCAGGAAACUCCUGUUCUAUCAGGGAGAGCCGCACCUCUGUCCCCUCAGAUCUCCCCCUUGGGGACAGCUAGACUCCUCAGGACAAAGGACAGAGCUUGACGGACCGGCCAAUGGCACAAGAGAGCAUAAUGGCCCGGGGUGGCUCCUGAGGGCUCUGCACACAGACAAAGCCAAUUCCUUGAGUUCCCAAGUUUCCGAGCUUCUCCAAAUGGUGAGGGGACCCGGGAAGCGGUUCCCUAGAAAGGAAAGAUCUCAUCUCUUCCCCCUCAUCCCGGGCUUCUCCACCUCCUCCAGGCGGGCACCAGAAAUCCUGAUUGCAUCUCCUAGAGCUGCUCCUCACCGGUCAAGUUCCAACCUGUCUGGGAACCCCGACUCCACCCCUUCUCCCUCCCUUCCUCGGUCCGGACUCUCCCGGCAUUGACGCAGGAUCAGCCCCCUUCCCAGAGUUCCCACGCAGCAGGUGAGUUUCCCGAGCCAUGGAGCAGCAGAGGAUCGACUCCCAGGCGCGGCCUCUGGGCUCUGUGAAGUACCAGAAGCUGCUUCUUCUGGAGUGUGGGUCGGAGGAGGAAGAGGAGGAGACGGAGGCAGUGCUAUUUCCAGACUUGGGCCACCCGAGGGCUCCACCAGAAAAUUCCUCCCAAAGCAGGCAAAGCAGGCAUGAGGCCUGGGCCCGGAUACUCUCAGGCCUCCUGCUGCUUGGACUAAGCUCCUACUUGGCGGCCAGACAGCUGCAGGCCAGGAGGGUCUCAGACCGGGGCCAGGAAACAGCAACCCCUGAGAUCCAGAGCCUGGGUCAGGACACAUCCGGACACCACCACGGUCCUGGCGUCUAUCCUCAUGGAGUAGUUAUCAGUGGGUCAGACACAUGCUCCAUCCUAGGGAGAAACCUGCUGCUGGAUGGAGGGAACGUGGUGGAUGCAGGGGUGGCAACUGCCCUCUGCCUGGCAUUAGUGCAUCCCCAUGAAACAGGAUUAGGUGCCGUGUUCUGGGCCCUGUUUCAUAACAGUUCAUCUCAUCAAACCAUGGCCCUGACCCCAGCUCCAGCCCAGGCUCUGGCCCCUGGCCUGGGGAUGCCCGGGGCUCUGCCUGCCCUCCGCCAUCUACACCGAAGACUGGGCCACCUGCCCUGGCCCCGACUGUUGGCUGCCACCAUUGCCCUGGCCCGAGAUGGCUUCUCCGUAGACAAAGCCCUGGCAGGGGCCCUGGCAGAACGGAAUGCAGCAGGCCGGGCCACAGGUCUCUGCCCACUACUGUGCCACCCCAAUGGGACUGUGCUGGGCCAGGGUGCCCAGGUUACCAACCUGGGCCUGGCUGCUGUACUCCAGAGAGCUGCGCAGGCUCCUGAGACGGAUGAUCAGCUUCUGGGUGCUCUCCUUCCCCCUCUGGCACAAGACCUAAGUCUAGAAGAGCUCCCAGGGGGCACCAUGCCCACACUGGAGCCAGCCCUACAGCUUGCAUUGCCCCAAGGCCUGCUGUUUACCACCCCAGGCCCCACGGCUGGUGAACUGCUGUUAAAUGUAGUGAAAAACCCCCUUCGGGCAGGGGGGCUGAUCUCUGACCCCUGCCCGGAGUUCCUGGCAGCCACCCAACAUGCAUAUGCCAAGGUCACUCCUGCAGCCCCCGUAGGGAGCAUCUUGGCAGCCAUGGACCACGAAGGCUCUGUGCUCCUCCUGGCCUCCUCCCUCAAUAGCACCUUCGGCUCUGGACGGCUGUCACCAUCCACAGGGGUCUUCCUGAGUGACUUUGUGGGAGGUUCCCAUGCUGCCACUUGGGCCUGCCCUGCGCUGCUGUGCUGUGGUCCUGAAGGGGACGUGCUGGCGCUGGCAGCUCCUGGAGGGUCCUUGGCACCUCUGGCUGUGGCUGAGACCUUGCUUGGCCACUUGGCUCUUCAGCAGCCCUUGCCCGAAGCCGUCACUCAGCCCCGGCUCCGGCUCCAGCUUGGGUCUGAUGGGGCUCCUCAGAGCUGCAGGAGGACCCCUCCCAACCCAGGAUCUCCCAACCCCGAGCCCCUGCUUCUAGUGACCACCCAUGCUGAACACGUCAGGGCCGCAGGAGUCCCAGCUGGGUACUACCCUUCACAGGGGCACUAGCCUGGAGGCAGGUGUGCCCUCCUCCAUGGACCCUCUGAGAAGCGGAGGUAACUCCAGAUCUCAGGACGGCCUGGGAGAGCUAGAAGCCAGAAGCCCCAUUCGGAGAGCUGGCCAGAGCUGGGUAGGGCCAGGGCCAAGUUCCAACCUCCAGGGCAUGCCGGGGAACUUGUUGCUUCUCUUCCAUGUCAUGGUGGCUAGGUGGAAUCCCUAGGGAUGGAUCUGGGGAGCACCAGUGGCAUGGGAUGGUCUGUCUGGGAUCCAUGAAGGAACAGAUGCCUGGAAGAAGUCUCAGGGAUGCCCUGUUAUGGGAGGCAGCUAGAUGGCACAGAAGAAAGAGAGCCUUGCCUGGAGGCAGGAAGAUUUGAGUUCAGAUAUAACCUUGGACAAAUAAGGAUAACAGCACCUACCUCACAGGAUUGUCGGGAGAAUUAAAUGAGUUAUUUGUAAAGUGCUUAA